CUCCUGUCUCUGCUGCUCUCGUUUCUGAUUGUCCUGUGUGCCCUGCUCGGUGUGCUCUGUCGCCACUCCAGAGUUACUAUCUAGCUUAAACAAUAAAUCAACCUUGAACCUAAUUCUUAAAUUGCCUGAUGUUCUAAUCGCCGUGCUGUUUUUUCUCCAUCUGACCUCUCAUGUCGCUCGCUUGAAUAAACUCCCCCAAGGUCCGGGGAGGGAAGAUCUCCCAUCGUUCGUUCCCCCAAAAGGGAAAAGGAAAAAGAAAAAUAUAUAUACACACUGCACCCCUUAAUCCAGCACAUGCCCUGAUCCUGUCAUUCGUUUAACAUCCUAACAUCCCUCCACCCCCAAUACAGAGUACAGGAGCCUGUAUAAUUUAAUUUUCCGCUUCUUCUUCAUUACUUAUUCUAAUACACCCUUCAAUCUUUUUAUUUUCUUUUUUUUUGUGUCUCGUUUCUGACAUGGUUUAACCGUGCUCGGCCCUUCAGCGUACCCUUGUGAAACAGAACGGCCGAUCGCUUCGAUUGGAUCGUUGUUCCCCUUCUCCUUGUCUCCCUAUCUCCUUGUCUCCCUGUCUCUGUUCCUUUUUUUUUUUUUUUUUCUUUUUUCUUUCUCUCGGCCCAAGAUGAUAGAUAAUGUCGUGACCGCGAUCUCUGUUGCCCCGGACUCCCCGCCCGAUCUCACCGGCUCCAAAUCCUCCAAGUCCUCCUCGUUCCACUCCUCCUCGCGCCGAUCCAUCCCCGAUGGCAUCCUCUCCGACAUCUCAAACUUUGAAGACAUUGGUCUCGAUGAGGAUCUCGAUGUCCCUCGCAUAGAUCACACCCAUCUGGGUAAGGAUAGACUGGCCGCCCGGCCCUCCCUGCGGAGAGUGUCCAGUGGUGGGCAUGCGACGAUGCGAAAUAUCACCCCCCGGGCUCCCGUGCGAGAGCUCACCCUGCCGGAGAAGAAGAAGAACAACAAUGACUAUCCGCAGCUCAAGGCCCAGAUCAACGGCGCCCUGAGCGCAAUGCAGUCGCUGGCCCUGCCCCGCCGCGACGUCACCGGAAAAAGGGGCGGCGCGUCUGGUCCCUCGAAUCAGUCGCUGCAGCCGCGCUCGCCGUCCUUGUCGAGGCCCAGAACCCGCUCGCCUUCGCCGAACAACAACAGCGUCGGCCCCUCUCGCGUCGUCCUCCCCGUCAGAUCGCACAGCAGACCCCCUCCGACCCCGAACGGAUCCCUGCGGUCCUCCUCCAAACCCCGGAAGAGCGUCCAGGAGCUGGAGGAUGAGUAUCAUGACUCGGACGAUGAGCUGCCAGAGGAUGCGGCCUUGUGGAACGUGCCGAUAUCGCCGCGUCCGCCCCACGAACGCCCCCAGGAGAGCAACAGCAGGUCCAGCAGCCGGAGUCCCGGUCCCAGGCCGAUUCCGCUGGAACAUACCGUCUCGAGCCCGUCGGCCGUGUCUUUACCACCGUCUACGUCACCACCCCCCAGGCAGCAGCAGCAGCAGCAGCAGAGGGGCCGCCACAGACUGCCGAGGUCAAGCUCCAUGGGUCACUUGCGUGGACAGGGCGGCCGGCUUCCACGGGCCAACACGUGGAACGUCGUUCUGUCAGAUCUGUCCGAAGAAGCAAAGGUCCUGACGGAGGCUCUUGAAUUCCAUGCCGAUGAAGCGGCUCGCGAACACGAGGAACGCAUCCAGGGUGGCAAGUCGGCCAAAUCGAGUUUUGAAAAGCCGAAGCGUGAAUCGGGAGGCAUGAUCGAACUGCCACCGCUCCAGAGGCCGAACAUCAUGAUCGACCCGCUUCCGAUAAGUAAAGAGAAGGAAAAAGUGCUGUCGCGCACAAGACCCAGCUGGCUACCCCCGAAGGAUCAAAAGGAAGAGAGGAGGCAUUUGAAAGAAUAUAAGAAGAUGAUGGCCUUAUCCCGUGAAGCGGAGAAGCGGAAAGCGGCGCAAGCUGCCUCUGCGCAGUGUAAAAGGGAUGACACGCGAAAGAUGCUGCAGCACAUUUGGGAUGAACACGUGUUUCCCAAUUGGGAUCGGGCUAUCAAGGAGCCUCGCACGCGAGAACUCUGGUGGCGCGGGAUCACACCACGAUCGCGAGGAGCGGCCUGGCAGCGCGCCAUCGGUAAUGGUCUUGCAUUGUCGGAGGAAUCAUUCAAAAAAGCACUUGAAAGGGCAAACCAGCUUCGGGCGAAGUGCGAAGAAGACACAUCCGGCGUCCACAACAACAUGCGUGGUCGGUUUCAGGCGAUUCGAUGCGACGCGGCCAAGGCGUUCCCAGAAUUGAGAGUCUUUUCGAAAGAGGGGCCUCUGUACGAUAGCCUGGUUCAAGUGCUCGAUGCAUAUUCGAUGUAUCGUAGCGACGUCGGGUAUCUCUAUGGCAUGCAUACGGUCGCCGCUCUACUUCUGCUACAGCUUCAUACCCCCGCUGCAGCCUUUCAAACUCUAGCCAAUGCCCUCAAUCGCCCUGUUCCUCUAGCUUUCUUGACCGCCGACCCUGGAGCCACUGCCCGCGCGUAUUCACUUGCCUCUGCGACACUUCGUCUCAAAUUCCCGCGCUUGUCAACCCACUUAUGUGAAAACCUGUGUCUUACCGAUCAUCAGAUCUGGGAGCCCAUGUUCAGGACAAUCUUUACUAACGGUCUUGAUCUGGAACGGCUCAGCCGUGUCUGGGACUGCUGGGUAUUCGAAGGAGAUCGGGUCCUGUUUAGGGCCGGAGUCGCAGUGCUGGGCAGUCUGGAAGCGCAACUGAUGAGCCUUGCACCUAGCGAGGAAGGCCAAGCAGCAGCAGCGGCGAUUCUGGGAUGGGGUUCCAAGAGCGUGGGCAUAGGCCGAAGGAGGUCCGCCCCUGUAUCGUCGACCAUGCCCUUGGCGGCGGCGGCCAUGACCGGGCAGAACGGGCAGUAUUGGGCCGUUGAAGUUGUGGGAGAUGAGGAUGUGUUUAUGAACAUUGUUAAAGAGGCAGGGAGGUGAGCAAUACACGCCAUGGGGAAGUAUAUCGCUUUUAUCCAACCAACCCCCUCGUUUGAUCUGAUAAUAACAUUCUUGUUUUCACAUAUACAUGGUUCUUUAUGCUGUUUCUUACAGCAGAACCAAUAUAAUGACUCGUGCUGUUUUUGUCUUUUUUUCUUCUUCCUAUUUUAGCAUUCUUUUGAUGUUAGAUCUGGGCAUGAUGAACUCAACUACUUCUCACCGAGCACCAAGCCAAAAUUACUCUCCUUUUUUCUGUCCCCUUUUUUUGUGUAUUGCACCUAAUUCUCACUCGCUUUACGAAUUAUUAUUUUUCUUUCCCCCUGUCUUCAGCUUUGAGACUCUGGUUUGUUUUUUUACAGUGUAAAGCUUGUAUGUACUGUACAUACUCUCACACAUACACACACACACACCCCCGUACAUACAUACAUACAUACAUAGACGCACAUGCAUCACUAGCACUACAUGUGUACAAAACAUUUCAUAU